AUGUCGUUGAUAACCAACCAGCAGCAGAGUGUCAUAGACGCUGCUAUAGAUUCAUACAUAUCCACUCACGACAAUGUCGCAUAUCAAUACUUGAAGUUUCGCCAGAGCGUGCUUGAAAUCGUGAAGCAGAUACAAAAAGAGAAGGAAGAUGGAGAAGUCUCAGAGGAAUCGUUCAAACGACUCCAGGAACUCAAUUUUGAAAAUGAAAAAUAUAAAGUGUCAUAUCCCGCCUAUGUGGAGCGUCUAUCGGGAAGGAUUGAUUUUGCUGGGAGCAACACGCCACAGUAUCUCAGUGAACUAGAGAAGAACUACGUUGAGCUUUCCAAAGAGAACGAAGAGCUCAAGGCCAAUCUCGCAACAUUGCGUGAAGAAUACGCUCCCAUUGCUGAAAGAAUGGCGAAGAUGGUUGGUAAAUUUGAAUUUUCAUUCACAAACAGGGGUAGAGGUCCCAGUACGAUAGGUUUCAGGGAAAGAGCACCCAACCCCAACGGUACCUUUAUUGACUACCAAAGCACAGUUUUCGACAAAAGCGAGAUUCAAGAGUCGCUCAAGUCUCUUGACGACGAGCUCAAGAACCUCAAAACCGUGGACGAGAUUGACGAAGGUGAAGACGAGAACCCCAAAACAGAAACAAAACAGCAUUCUAUUGACACACUCAAGCGCUUGAACGAGCUACUAGACUGGCUGAAAGCGGCACGCCGCUUGGACUCGCUGCAAAUAUCGUUUGACUUGUCACGUUCGAUGAAUACUCCCAAAGACGCCAAGUCAAUGACAGUAGACGACUACGAACAGACCAUUCAGGCUCUAGCGAGAGAAAUCAAGGAUCUCGUAGGUCGUGGCGCCAUCGCCAAGGAGAGGUGGUUGGUGAACGCCAAAAAACUACAAGCCAUCGAGACAUUGCUCAACAGCUUCGACGAGUCCAUGGAAGUGGACUAG